GCUCUCUCCAAGGCUGCCGCAAGUGACAAAUGACUGCAUCUGCCGUGCCCCGCUGUUCGCGCCGUCGCAGAUCCAACGCAAUAGCGCCAUGACCAAACAAGAUUUUGCUCAAAAAUUAGUUGAUGAGCUAGUUGUUUGUACGACUGGCAUCAGGUCUGGACUGUACAACAUCACCUUGCAUGUCGUGUCUAUCAGGGGAUACGAAGCUCAGUGGCAAUCAUGGCUAUAUAAACUGCUCCCAUCGCCGGUGUUUCCUCAUCCAUCAGCAGCGAUCAAAACCAACUCCAGUCACUCUUUACUACUUCUCUUCUUUCUUCAGUCUUUCUCGGCUUCUUUAUCCCUCACUUCAAUCAAUCAAAAUGAAGGCUACUUUCGUCAUCCUCGCUCUCUCGGCCCUCGCUGCCGCCGCUCCCGUCAACGUCAACGCUGACGCUGAAGCCAACGUUGCCCUCAAGCGUGGCGAUGGCAAGCUCAUCGACGUCGAGGCCUUCGAGCACAGCUUCAACUCCCGCGACGACGGCCUUCUCGGUCUCAACGUCCUGAACCACAGCUUUAACAGCGGCAAGGGCAACGACGACAAGGGCGACGAUGACAAGGGCGAUGACAGCGGUUCCGAGCAGCCCCCCUGCGGCUGCGAGGAGCAGGGCAGCGGUGACGACAACGACGACGGCGACGACGAUGACAAGGAGCACGACAAGGACGGCAACCUCAUUGACGUCAACAUUGGCAACCACAGCUUCAACAGCGGCAACUAGAGUUAUUAACUUGACUCUGGCCCUGAGCUGAUCGUGCCGGAAUGUCUGGAAUGGUGGUUUUCGCUUCCAGCCUGUAUUAUUUUAUCUGCUGUUUCUUGACCACGGAUUUGUUGUAUGCCUUGCGGAGUACUACUACUGUCUAUACUUGAUACCAUUUUUAUAUACGUAUAAU